UUUAAUUUGUGGCUAUGUAUGAUGAUAUUUUAUUUGCUCUUAUGUUUACAUAUUUGUUUAUUAAUAUUGUAUUUUAGAUGAGCACAAGUCAGAGUGAGAGUGAUGAGGAUGGAGUUAAUUCUGAAAUGGUAACAGCUGCGGCAAAAAGGAAACGGAGGGAGUAUUACAUGCGAGCUGCACAUGUUGCCGUCAUGUACGGUGAGAAGUUCUUAACCAAAAGGAAUAGGAGAAUUCCUAUCAUGACCGGUCAACAAUGGGUAACUGAAAAUUUGAGUACAAACAAAGAUUGCUAUGCCAUGUUUAGGAUGUACAGACCUUGUUUUGAUAGAUUGCAUGAGACUCUUGUGCAAAAUUAUGGUUUGACAUCAACAAGGAACAUGAGCUCAGAGGAGUGCUUGGGUAUGUUCUUGUGGAUAGUUGGUGGUCCUCAAUCCGUUAGCCAAGUGGAGAAUCGAUUCAAGCGGUCAACCGAGGUAAUACACAGGAAAUUCAACCAUGUGCUAGAGUGCUUGAACAAGAUGGCUGUAGAUACUAUUAAGCCAAAAGAUCCGGACUUCAGAGACGUGCAUGAAAGGCUUCGAGAUUCUAGAUUUUCACCUCACUUUGAUGAUUGCAUUGGUGCAAUUGAUGGGUCUCAUAUCCCUGUGGUUGUUCCCGCUGAAGAGAUAGUGAACCAUGUUGGUCGGCAUGGGUACCCAACACAGAAUAUCAUGGCAGUAUGCGACUUUGAUAUGAGAUUCACCUCUGUAGUUGCGGGAUGGCCAGGGUCGGCACAUGACACAAGAAUAUUUAAGGAUACUUUGGUCAAGUAUGCAACCAUGUUUCCACACCCGCCGAAAGGUAACAUUACAAUUGUUUAUUGUAUUAUUACAUUACCAUUACAAUACCAUAGUACAUAACAAUACAUGUGUUGUUUUUCAGGUAGGUACUAUCUUGUUGAUUCGGGUUAUCCAAAUUGUGAGGGAUAUCUAGCUCCAUACAAGUCGACAAAAUACCAUGUGCCAGAAUUUAUCCAUGGUGAUCCCCCCAAUGGUAAAAAAGAAAUCUUUAACCAUGCCCAUUCGUCGCUACGCAAUGUCAUUGAGCGUGCAUUUGGUGUGUUAAAGAUGAAGUGGCGUAUUUUAUUGCAUAUGCCAUCUUACCCCUGUGACAAGCAAGCUUUGAUCAUUGUUGCUUGUAUGGCACUUCAUAAUUUUAUCAGGGACAGCCACUUGAGAGAUAAAGAGUUUGAUAGAUGUGAUCGUGAUGAGUACUACAUGCCAGGAGAUCUACUACCUCCACCUACUGGUCGGGUAUCUAACAUUGUGCAUGGUGAUGAUGCUCUGAUGAAAGUAACCAGGGAGAGAAUAGCUGAUGGAUUAUUGGCAGCUACAGAUGAAGUUUAGUUUUACGCACUACUUUUGAGUGAUGGUUGAUGUACGUUUAGGAUGAUUGUUGGUAAUUGAACGUACAUUUUGGAUGAUGGUUUCAAUUUUUAAAAUAUUUUACAUUAAUUACGAUCCGUAAAGCUGCCCAAACAGCAAAGUAAACAAACAAACAGAUUCUGAUUCUCAGAUCCCACAGCAGGGUAAACAAACAGUCUGCUUCUGAUUCCAGAAAUCAAGAAUCACAGCUGAUUCUCAGAAAUCAGGAUUGACAGCAGAAUCUCAGAAUCCAAAGCCCAAACAAAGGGGGCCUUAGUAUUCCCUGUGGUUCCAGAAAAGCCAUCGUGUUGGGCACUGGCAUGGUCUCCAAAUAUAACUUUGACCACUAAUAUUAAUCGUAACAUACUUAGAAAGCGUAACAAAAACAAAAACAAAGAUAUAUUGAUGCAUAAUAAACAAAGAU